AUGGCCGACGGUACAGAAUUUGAUCCGAAACGCGAGAUAGACGACUCUAUGGUUCUAUCUGCGUUUUGUAUGCGCCGAAUCGGAUUAUCGUUCGAAUCCCCGAAAACUAUGACAUCGUUUUUACUUCAAAAGCUAAUGUUUGUGGCGUCUGUGUGCGGAAUUUGCUAUCAUGUCUUUAGUGAAAUCGUCUUUAUAGGACUCACGUUGGCCAAUUCGCCACGAGUCGAAGACGUCGUUCCGCUUUUCCAUACUUUUGGAUACGGCGCUUUGAGUAUUUCAAAAGUUUUCGUGCUUUGGUAUAAGAUGGACGUAUUCAAGCAACUAAUGGGCGAGCUUGCAACAAUCUGGCCGGCCCCGCCCCUGGACCCCGAACACCAAUUGAUCAAAGACAACAGCUUGUCUGCUUUGAGAAUUGCUCACCGAUGGUAUUUCUUCAUGAACGUAGCCGGCGUAUGGUUUUACAACGUGACACCGAUCGGAGUCUACCUGUACGCGCUGCUGAUGGACCAGGAGGCCACAAUCGGCUUCGUAUGGGUCUCUUGGUAUCCCUUUGACAAGCACAAGCCAUUUGCUCACUUCGCUGUUUAUCUUUUUGAAAUAUUCGCAGGUCAAACGUGCGUCUGGAUAAUGGUAGGAACCGACUUACUGUUCUCCGGGAUGGCGAGCCACAUCGGAAUGUUGUUGAAGCUGCUGCAGCGAAGACUUGAGAUUGUGGCCACCACCGCCAAGACUGAUGAGGACAACUACCAGGAAAUAUUGGAAAACAUCAAGCUGCAUCAAAGACUUAUCAGGUAUUGCAAUGACCUGGAGGUUGCGUUUUCACUGUCAAACCUCGUGAAUAUUGUGCUCAGUUCCGUGAAUAUCUGCUGUGUUGUAUUCGUCAUUGUGCUAUUGGAACCGUUCUUGGCGGUCAGUAAUAAGCUGUUCUUAGGCUCAGCUUUAAUUCAAGUAGGAAUGAUAUGUUGGUACGCCGAUAUUAUAUAUUACGCUAACGCGGACGUCGCCGUGGCAGCUUAUAAUAGUGGCUGGUACCGUACUAAUCCUCGUUGUCGCCGUGCCCUGCUUUUCCUUAUUAAGAGAUCUCAAAAGCCGAUAGCAUUUACUGCAAUGGGUUUUACGGAUAUCAAUCUCGUCACUUAUUCAUCGAUCCUGACCAGAUCUUACUCCUAUUUUGCACUUUUGUACACUAUGUAUAGUGAUAAUUAAUUUUAUUGAAAGGGAAAUUAAUAAAAG